AUGGCCACUGAUAUCGCGACAAGGGAGCUCAAGUCUCCUAUUGACGUCGCAGAAUAUCUCUUCAGAAGGCUCCACGAGGUGGGAGUUCGAUCGGUGCAUGGCGUACCCGGGGACUAUAACCUGGUAGCAUUGGAUUAUAUUCCUAAAGUCGGUCUCGAUUGGGUUGGAAACACCAACGAAUUGAAUGCCGGAUAUGCUGCUGACGGUUAUGCUCGACUGAAGGGAAUCAGUGCCCUGGUUACCACAUUUGGUGUGGGUGAGCUUUCGGCUCUGAAUGCUAUUGCAGGUUCCUACUCAGAAUACGUCCCCGUUGUCCACAUUGUCGGGCAGCCAAGUACAUUGUCACAGAGGAGUGGAAUGCUACUCCACCACACGCUUGGAAAUGGGGACUUCAAUGUCUUUACGAACAUGAGUGCUUGUAUAUCUUGCAACGUUGCGAGGCUUAACGACGCUCAGGAGGCGGCGACGUUAAUAGACAACGCUAUUAGAGAAUGCUGGGUCCGGAGUAGGCCAGUUUACAUCACUCUGCCAACUGACAUUGUUCAGAAAAAGGUUGAAGGAGAGCGCCUGAAGACACCAAUCGACCUCUCGCUACCCAAUAACGAUCCGGAGAAAGAAGACUACGUGGUCGAUGUGGUCCUAAAAUCCCUUCAUGCAGCCAAGAGCCCUGUUAUUCUAGUUGACGCUUGCGCCAUUCGUCACCGUGUUCUCGAAGAAGUUCAUGACCUCAUCCAGGCUUCUGGCUUGCCGGCUUUCGUCGCCCCCAUGGGUAAAGGAGCUAUUAAUGAGACACAUCCCAACUAUGGAGGUGUCUACGCAGGCGACGGAUCAAACCAAGGUGUUCGCGAGCGUGUGGAAUCCUCCGACCUCAUUCUUAGCAUCGGGGCAAUCAAAUCCGACUUCAAUACCGCAGGUUUCACCUACCGCAUCGGGCAGCUUAAUACGAUUGAUUUCCACAGUAAUUAUGUACGCGUGCGAUACUCCGAGUACCCAGACAUCAACAUGAAAGGUGUUUUGAGAAAGGUCAUCCAGAAGAUGGGUAAAUUGAAUGUCUCGUCUCCCCCCAAGAUCUCGAACGCGCUUCCUCAGGAGGAGAAGACGUCGAGCGAUAAGACAAUCACUCAUAAUUGGCUGUGGCCAAUUGUCGGGCAGUGGAUGAAGGAGAACGACAUCAUCAUCACAGAGACGGGAACAGCAAACUUCGGAAUAUGGGAAACAAGGUUUCCCAAAGGAGUUACUGCUGUGAGUCAAGUGCUUUGGGGCAGUAUCGGGUACUCUGUUGGAGCUUGCCAAGGUGCCGCACUGGCUGCUAAGGAUGACGGUUCUAACCGUCGAACCAUCCUUUUUGUCGGCGAUGGUAGCUUCCAGCUUACUGUCCAAGAAGUGAGCACAAUGCUGAGGAACGGAUUGAAACCAAUAAUAUUCGUGAUAUGCAACAACGGAUAUACUAUUGAGCGGUACAUUCAUGGCUGGAAGGACGAAUACAACGACAUCCAAACGUGGAAGUUCAAGGAUAUCCCCACUGCGUUCGGGGCGAAGGAAUACAAGGGUUAUCAAAUCAAGACUCGCGAUGAGUUGACUAAGCUCUUUGCUGACGAGACCUUCUCCUCCGCCCCGUGCCUGCAGCUCGUGGAACUCUAUAUGCCGCAAGAAGAUGCACCGGCAGCCCUCAAGAUGACUGCGGAAGCUGCCGCACGGACUAAUGCUAAGAUGGCCGAGGAGGGAACGCAGGCAUUGCCUACUUACCUUAAGUGA